AGAAAAUCACAAAACUGGUUCAACACGCUCCGUCACAGUUAUGCUCACAUUCAUCGACACUAGCCAAAGGAAAAUACCUCAGCCCUUUUCGAUAGAAGAAACUAGGAAAUAUUGGGAUAAAAAUGGAAAUUUGAUAUUAGUGCCAUCGCCUCGACAUCCUCCACGCAAAUCACGAAUUUCACUUAGGAAAUGGUUUGCUUCAAUGAGACACAAGAAAAAUCGACACACAAUUGAUUACUGUCCGCAUGAAGACCGGCAUUCGUCAACUACAUCUGACGACAAGUCUCUAAGGACAAUAUCGUCCGAUCAUCUGUUACACGAACGGCUCGAUAGUCCAGACUUUCCACCCGAAAGUCCGCCGGGCAGUGUGUCUAGUCAUUCGUCAGGAGAGAAAAAGAAUGACGACGUCAAUACCCCUUCGCGUGCAUCAGUGAAAAAGAAGAAAUAUUUCUCUGAAAAGCCGAAUAAAAAAAAUAUCUUCAAGAAAUUGCUACAUCCAUCAUAUCAUCAGCGAUCGGCUCAGUUUCAUCGUCUCUUCGACGAUAAAGUUGGCCCAGAUCCGGACGAGUUUUUAGCUUCCUACUCAUGCGCAUAUCAACGCGAAAUCCUAUGUCAAGGCAGGAUGUACAUCUCUCAACGACACAUCUGUUUCUUUGCAAAUAUUUUUGGCUGGGAAACGAAUCUCGUCGUACCGAUAUCUGAGAUUAGGGCCAUUACAAAAGAAAGAGCAGCAAAGAUCUUCCCGAAUUCCAUACAGAUCGAAAUGAAGGAUGAAUCGAGGCACUUUUUUGCAUCUUUUGUGAAUCGUGAAAAAACGUUGACCGUUUUGCGGAAGGUUUUAGAGAAAGUGCAAAAGGGAGAGCUGAUGUCACCUGAAGAACUAUGGGAGUACAUGAAUCCGGAAGUUGAAGAUAAGGUGAGACGACGUGGCCGUUUGACUAAAUCCAAAUCCGAACAGUGCAGAUCCAGAAAUUCAAGUGAUUUGAAUACACCCGACAUGACACCGCCGUCCACUACUCGCACUGUUGGCGAAAUUCCCUCUAUAGCGGAAGCAUCAUCGCAAUCGUCACUCGAACAGGAAGAUGUCAAUUGUCCAUGCGAUUCCCAUAAUGGGAAGCUACUCCUAGACAACGUCUAUCCCCUUAGUGUCGACGAAAUCUAUGAGCUAUUGUUUACCGAUAGCCCAUGGUUCAAGAAAUUUAAUGAUUCGUUGAAAAAUACUGGAUAUGUUGCCUCACCGUGGGCAACUGACAAAGACGGGAUACGCUCUAGGACGUGCACAUAUACAAUGGCGUUGAAUCAUGCCAUGGCACCGAAAAGUUGUGUGGUCACAGAAAAACAGGUGAUUUCCCAUUUUGGACGUAAUGGUGACGGCUUUGUUGUUAAUAAAGAAACACAAAAUGCAGGAGUACCGUAUGCAAAUGACUUUGUUGUGCAGUGCAUAUACUGUGUUUCGAAAAUCAGCGACCAUGAAGCGAGAAUCAAAGUUCAUGGUGGUAUCGUGUACAAGAGAAAUAUUUGGAGUGUUGUAAAAGGCUAUAUCGAAAAAAGCACCUAUCAGGGACUAGACGAUCACUACACUGCAUUAGAAAAUACUCUACGAGAUGAAUGUGACCGUAAAGCGAUGCAGUUGGAGACACGAGAACCUGCAAUCGAUAGGUCCGAUGAAGAAAGUGUGUCAUCCGUAGAGGAUCCAAUCACGGAGGCUCCACGAAUACGAUCCCCAAUUCGAGGAAGGAUAGCUAGAAAAGAGUUGCCUGCUCCGAAAAUUACCUCAGCCCUACCGGUAACUGCAAGUGCUCCAGAUUACGGAUUUUACAUAAGAAUUAUUAUAUGUUUACUGACUGGUCUACUGCUUCUGAAUACUUUGUUACUGUUCCAACUCAACAAUAUCGAAAGUCAGCCUUUUAGCGAAGAUAUUGCCCAGCUGUUGCGGAGAGUAGCUGAUCAAAGCAAGUCGAACGAGUAUACGGCGGCUCUCGCCAACCUACUCGAAAAGGUCAAUCAGCUGGCUAGCGAAUUGCAGAAGUUGAAAUACCAGAUCUCGGAGAAGCAAGAGCUCUAGCUCUCUCAUACUUCUACUCUAUCACUUUUCACUUUUUCACGCAUUGCCAUUAAUGAGAAGUUCUAGGCUUCCACACUUAUCAAAUUUUUUUGUACAUAAGAUUCACUCUUCACUUAGAUUACGUGUAAUAUGGAUAAGAGACUGACAGCAAGAAGUUGAUUUAUAUAAGACUAAUAAUAGCAAGUGCAUGUUUACAAGACUUCAGUCUCAAACUUCUUUUCUCUCAAUAUUCAUAUCGUUAAUCUUUGUUUGUAUAAUAAGUUGUUAUGAAUUAAGGACAUACGAUUCAUAUUGUGAGAUUUUUACCGGUAUUUUAGUUAGUGAUAUAGAUGUGCCUGUAUAUUAAAUUAUGUCAUUUCAGUCGG